AUGUCCGCUCAGGAGGGUACCAAUCCCAAAGCCUCCCAUAAUCGGGUCUCUGUUUUUCCUAGGUCCGACGCCCGUUUGAAGCGGCCUCUAGCAGAACCUGAAUCGACAGUCCAAGGAACCAAACAGGGUGCGCUUAAACUGCAGAAGCAGCGUCAGGGGGCUUUCACUGCACUGUCAAAGACAGCUUGCAACCCUUGGGGUCGAUAUCGAAAGAGCUUCAAGAUAAACCAGGCAGGACGGGGAUGGGUUGUUCAUGCGAACAACAACACAUUCUCGGAGGCUAUUAUUAAAGAGGUGAAAACCACCAAAUCAGAGCUAUCAAGAGUGAUCACAAGCCCCCAUAAAAACUUUGUUGAACUACAAGAGGCAAUAUAUUACGAGGGCGCCAUAUUUCUGGUCUAUGAGAUCAUGGAUGUUUCCUUAGGUCAAAUUUUCAGCUCACCCCUUGGUCGCCUUCAGCUUUUUGAAGUGGCGGCCUUUUCACGGGAGAUUUUGGCAGGCCUCGAGCAUAUUCACAAACGUCUGAAGAUAACCCAUGGAGAUAUAUCAUCGAGCUCUAUUCUUCUGUCAGUAACGGGUGCCGUCAAGAUAGGAAAUCUAGGAACCUCCAUGCUUCAAAAUAACGAUAUUAGGGACUCACAAAGUGACAUUGAGUCUGUCGGCAACAUAAUCAUUGAAUGCCUUGAGCCGAGUACAUUCUUGCGAAAAGUUGGCUCUCUCGUGUCUGACUGGGGAUCUAACGCUAUGAAUUUUGUUGAGUCUACCAGAACACAGCCUGCCAGUCAACUCCUGAAAGUCAGUUUUCCUUCUUCGGUAUCCUAA